AUGAGGAGUGCUCUGCAGGCCGUGGCCCUCUGGGGAAGAAAAGCUCCUCCCCACAGCAUCACAGCCAUCAUGAUCACAGACGACCAGCAAACCAUAGUGACCGGCAGUCAGGAGGGUCAGCUCUGUCUGUGGACUCUCUCACCUGAACUGAAGAUUUCAGCUAAAGAACUUCUUUUUGGACAUUCGGCCUCAGUGACAUGCUUGGCAAGAGCGAGAGACUUCUCCAAACAGCCCUAUGUUGUGAGCGCUGCUGAGAACGGGGAGAUGUACCUGUGGAAUGUGAGCAACGGGCAGUGUGUGGAGAAAACCACCCUUCCUUACAGGCACACUGCAAUCUGUUACUACCACUGCACCUUCCGAAUGACCGGCGAAGGCUGGCUGCUGUGCUGUGGGGAAUACCGAGAUGUCCUCAUCCUCGACGCUGGGACGCUGGCUUUCCUGCACACCUUUUCCUCCUCACAGUCCCCUGACUGGAUGAAAUGCAUGUGCAUUGUUCACUCUGUGAGAAUUCAAGAGGAUUCUCUCUUGGUUGUGUCUGUAACUGGCGAGCUCAAAGUUUGGGACCUUUCCUCGUCCAUCAACAGCAUCCAGGAAAAGCAAGAUGUCUAUGAAAAAGAAUCGAAGUUUCUUGAUUCCUUGAACUGUCAGACAAUACGAUUUUGUACAUACACUGAGAGACUCCUGCUGGUGGUAUUUUCUAAAUGUUGGAAGGUUUAUGACUAUUGUGACUUUUCCCUUCUGUGGACCGAAGUUAGCAGAGAUGGACAGUUCUUUGCUGGUGGGGAAGUGCUUGCUGCAUACAGGAUCCUUGUUUGGACAGAGGACGGUCACAGUUACAUCUAUCAGCUGCUGAACAGGUGGGCUCAGAUGGGAGCGGCGUUCAGAACAUUCAGUCGGCUUUCCAAAUGCAUAUGCCCUGCCGAUGGCGGAGUCCUCAAGGAGACCAUCUACCCUCACUUACUGUGCUCCACGUCUGUGGAGGAAAACAAGAACCUGCAUUUUGUCAUGGGCUACAUGAAUGAACGGAAGGAGCCUUUUUACAAGGUACUUUUCUCUGGAGAAGUCUCAGGAAGAAUUACAUUGUGGCAUAUUCCAGAUGUCCCCAUAUCUAAGUUUGAUGGUUCUCCUAGAGAAAUUCCGAUAACCACCACCUGGACUCUACAGGACAAUUUCGAUAAGCAUCAAACGGUGUCACAGAGCAUCGCAGACCAUCUCUCCGGGUCCAGAGAUGAGAUGGGAAUGACAGCCACCAUCACCUCAUCAGAGUACAUUCCAAAUCUUGAUAAGCUCGUCUGUGGCUGUGAGGAUGGGACCAUUUUCAUCACGAAGGCUCUGAAUGCUGCCAAAGCAGGACUUCUAGAAGUGGACUCUUUAUGGAAAGAUCCCCCCUGUCAUACGCUCCUCAGAGGCCAUCACCAGAGUGUGACUUCCUUACUUUACCCUCACGGUCUUGCUUCAAAAUUAGACGAAAGCUGGAUGGUGUCUGGGGAUCAAGGCUCCUGUGUGAUCCUGUGGGAUAUUUUUAGGGAAGAAAUUCUGCACACGUUCUUUUUGGAAGCUGGUCCAGUAACAAGACUCUUGAUGCCACCAGAGAACCGGAAAGUAAGGGACGAGCAAAUACUCUGCUGUGUGUGUGGCGACCACUCUGUGGCUCUCCUUCACCUGGAAGGUAGACAGUGCCUCCUUCGCGCCCGGAAGCACCUUUUUCCUGUGAGGACCGUCCGAUGGCACCCAGUGGAGAACUUUCUAAUCGUCGGCUGUGCAGAUGACUCUGUCUACAUUUGGGAGAUUGAAACAGGCACUUUGGAAAGGCAUGAAACAGGAGAAAGAGCAAGGAUUAUUCUUAACCGUGGUGACGACGUGCCGCUUGUCAGAGCUGAGCCUACACUGUCAGUGGCCUCAGAGACACACAAGCACAAAGGUGCAGAGCAGAGGUCCUCCAGUUCCCACCAGUCUGGGCUGGUGCCCUGCCCUGGUCUGCAGCUGGAAUCUUCAUGUAAGGUUGCUGAUGCUACAUCAGUCCCAAGACCUUUCAAUGUCUUGCCUGUGAAAACAAAAUGGAGUCACAUUGGCUUCCAUGUUCUCCUGUUUGAUCUGGAAAAUCUUGUGGAACUACUGCUACCCACUCCCAUCAGUGAUGUUGACCAUUCUGGAUCAUUCUAUGGAAGUGACAUCUUGAGGAGAGCCAAGAGCACAGUAGAGAAGAAAACAUUGACAAUAAGAAGAAACAAAGCCUCAUGUAGCUCUCUCCAGGCCGAGGCACAAGCCAAGUCCAGUGGGGACAGCUUGUCCCCUGGGGACAAUGCCAGUAAACUUCCAGAGGAGAGUGAUGGCAUUAAAAGACAAAAGAAAAUGAAGAGCUCCAAGAAGACACGCCCUAAGCCAUCCAGAAAGGUGGAUGCCAGCCUCAUAAUAGACAUGGCGAAGUUGUUUCUGUCUUGUGUUUUGCCGUGGGGAGUGGAUAAAGAGUUAGACAGCCUGUGUACCAGGCAUCUCAGCAUCUUAAAGCUGCAGUGUCCUGUGUCUUUGGGACUUGCUUCAAAUGAAGACCUCUUCUCUCUGAUGCUACCUGGGUGGGAUGCAUGUAGUUCUGAAAUGAAGGAGUACUCAGGAGUAAACCUGUUCUCCAGAAAAGUUCUAGAGUUGUCAAAUAAAUACACAGCCACACUUCUGAACCUGACUGGAAUUCCCAGAGGCCUAGAGAAUCACUGUGAUGCUUUGCAGCAAUCAGAUACUAUAGCAUAUUUACUGAGCAGACUCUUUCUAGUUAAUAAGUUAGUGAACAUGCCUUUGGAUUUGGCCUGCGAAAUAGACAGACCCUUCAAAAUGGAGUCUGUUCACAACAAGGGGAAAUUUCCUGGAAGUGAUAUUUUAAAUAUGUCAAGCUUCUAUGGUCACCUAAAAAAUGGUAGGAAUGAGUACCACACACCCGAGGCUGACAUCUCACUUUUGAAGCUAAUCACCUGCUGGAGAGACCAGGCCGUACAGGUAACUGAAGCAAUACAAGCUGUCCUCCUGGCCGAAGUUCAACAGCACCUGAAGAGUUUGAGGAACACACCCGUCAGCAGCCAACCAGACCCAGUGGCACAGCACACCGUCUGUGAGAGGAUGCGUAUCACCUCCAAGGUGGGGUGGACUGAAGAGAUAGAGCUACCGUAUGUGGGAACCUCCUCCCCUCUGAAAACUUCAGUCAGUCCGGUCAAGCAUGGCACCGACUUGAACUCGGCAAACUUCCAAGAUACCGAGGACAUUCUUGACAGAUGUGUCUUGGAAGAGUCGGAGAGUGCAGGUCAACCUCGGCAUCGUCCAUGGAUAGCGAAGGUGUGCUCCUGCAGGAUGUGCUAGACAGGGUCUUGAAAACGGAAUCGAAUCUGAACUAACAGAGAAGCACAAACACACUAUUUCUUUUCCAACAAAUUAAAAAAAACAGUGUUGUCAUGGGUCUCUAGUGGCUUCACUAAUAUGUUAGCCAAGGUGUAUUAAAAAAUGUUAUCACUGAUUGAGGACACUCAAAUUCUAAUUCUAGGAUUUGAUUGUCUAAGUGAACCUCCUUAUUCCUCCUUAUUUUCUGUCGCUGUUUGUAAAACAAAUGCCAGCUCACAGGUAGAGAUUUAACACUGCUUCAAGUGGUCACCUUCUCAGUGCCUGAAUAUCAGAAGCCAAAGGAAUGCACAAGACUCUCAGCUCAACUUUGCCAUGUUGAGCUUGGACAUAGUGUUUCAGUGGGCGCUUCAGUUCCAACCAGCCUUUACACACCACAUCCUUAAACACGAAAUGUCCUUUAGUCAAUCUGUGACAUACAAGAGUGUCUAGUUUUGCAAGGUCCAAUUGGUAUGGAGCUCUAAUGACACCGUGGCAAAUGUCUUUAAUUAAAGGUUGAUGUUAUUAGCCUUGUAACCUGAACAGGGGGAGGGGAUUCUACUUACAACAUGCCACAGCUCAUUCUUUGUUAGUAUAAACAUCCACAAUCUUUUCCCAGAAAGAAGCUGGGCCAGCAAAAAUUCUAAAACUAAACAACGCAAAGCAGUGUCAACAGAAAUGGGUGUGAAGUGCUCAUCUGUGAAGCCGGUCUGAAUUAUGUGC